UUCUUAGGUAUCAUUUGAAUAAAUCACCUAUGAAACCUUUCCAAGGUCAUGGCAUUCUUGUUUAUUGCUGCACACUGUCCUGGCAAAGAUAUGUGAGAAAAGGACAGGCAACUGAGGCUUAUUAAGGUGACAUCAAUAACAGAUACAAAAAUAAUAUUCUAAGGGAUCAGGAAAGAAGGAAUAACAAAGUUCAUAAGAAACAAGCAAUGCGGAUUUAGUAGAAAGAUUCUACCUGAAAGAUCUCAUUUGAUGUUUGAGAUGAAGUAGGAUCCUAGGAUCUAAUGUGCCUGGUCUUGCACUAAGCUUUUGGCAAAGUUGCACAUGAAAAAUUCGGCACCAAUUCAAAAGCCAUAGGAAUUCCAACUGGAACAUUGGGACCAGAUAAGAACUUCGCUAAAAAGAGGAAUCAGUGACUAUUGGUCCUACCGGAAAUGAGUUUGAUCUUUCCUUUGGUGAGCGUGAGCCCACCAGCACCAACCUGUCAAUUUUUUGGCAGUAAAUUGGCAAUCUGAUUCAGAGACCCGAAGGGUGGCUGCUAUGGUGGGUGGAAGUGCUGCACCACUGCACCAAUACAGUAGGAGGCUCUCUUCCAAGUACACACCAGAAAACGUGGCUGGACCAGGAGAAGAUCUUGACCCCACUGAAAUAACCCUUCCAGGAUGUGAGUGCUUAACCUCUUCAUGUGAGCAGGAUACAUGCACUUGUCUUCAACACAGCCUAGGAGCUUAUGAUGAAAAUCUGUGUCUUGUGGACUUUAAGGAGACGAGCUAUUCUAGGCCAGUGUUCGAAUGUAACAUUAUGUGCAAGUGCAGUGAGGCCUGCAAGAACAGGCUUGUCCAAAGAGGCCUCACCUUUAAACUGCAGGUGUUCAAGACCUCAAAGAAAGGAUGGGGCCUUCGCACACUGGAACCAGUUAGGAGUGGGAGGUUUGUGUGCGAGUAUGGGGGUGAAGUCAUCAGUUUGCCAGAAGCCAGCAGACGAAUCCAGUCCCAAAAUUCUGCUGACAUGAACUAUAUCAUAGCUGUGAGAGAACAUCUGAGCAACGGAGAAGUACUAGAGACAUAUGUCGACCCUACCCACGUUGGCAAUGUUGGCCGAUUCCUCAACCAUUCUUGUGAACCCAAUCUGUACAUGGUUCCAGUCCGUAUCAACUCCUUGGUUCCGAGGUUAGCCCUUUUUGCAGCUCGUGAUAUUGCAGCUGACGAGGAACUGUCGUAUGACUACUCUGGAAAGUUCAAUAAUCUUCAGAAGGAAGGUAUAACUAAAGAAAGGUGCAGUGGAGAGCCUAGUGCCCUGAAAUCAUGUUACUGUGGUGCACAAUCAUGCACUGACUUUCUGCCAUUUGACAGCUCACUCUAUAACCUGAAGGACAAGUGGAAUGUGAUCUAGUUUUGACUGUUGCAGCCUAUCAGUCAUUGUUUAAUAGAUUUGUGGUUUAUGUAUGCUGUUGCCACGAGUGUUUGCAAUUUGCACCCCUCUGUAGUAUACACCUGUGAUAAUAUUAAUUGGUUCACUUAUAACUGAUCACAACUUCUAUGUAGACAUUUGUUUACAAUAAAAACACUUCAACAAGA